UCCGGUGAUCAAUUGGGGAGUGGGGAGGGCCCAAAAUUCUCGGCAGAAAAGUCCUCUUCAGUCUUUACAGAUUUGCCCUUCAAUCGUAUGUCGACAUUGUUAAUACGAACAUCAGGAUCUCAGCUGCCUAUUAGGAAUUUUAUAUUAAUUUUUAUUUUCCCUUGGCAUAAGUUGUAUUCACCGGGCAGUAGGUGCUGAACAAUUUUUUAUUCGGAACAGUAAUUGUAUCAGAAGAGAAAAGAUAAGAUGACAACAGUCUUCACAACGUUUUCUGUCCUCAAGAAUUACGUGAAGUUGAAAGCAGUGCAGGACACUGCAGUCAUCGACAAUAUUGUUUUCAGACUUCAUUAUCGGGCGACAUUCGUUCUACUUGUAGUGGGAUCUCUGCUGGUCUCCUCGAAACAAUUCUUCGGAGAACACAUAAAAUGUCUGGCUGAAAAAUCUAAGGAUGACAGGCUGAGUGCUGUGAUCGACACCUUCUGCUUCUUUUCUUCGACCUAUACCAUCACGAAAUACAUGGAUGCGAAAACAGUAAACGCCAAUCAUAUUCCACACCCUGGAAUUGGUCCUUAUACUGGAGAGGAAGAGACUGUCCAUCAUGCGUACUAUCAAUGGGUUCCAUUUGUUCUGUUUUUUCAAGCACUCGUUUUCUAUGUACCCCAUUACUUAUGGAGAGGUGCUGAAGGUGGGCGGUUGAAGGCACUAGUCUCUGGACUCCACAUGGCAAGUCUUUCCCUGGCAGACAACAAAGAUAAAGACAAAGAUAAGAAAGAAGAAAAAGAUAAGAAAGGAGACAAAGACAAAGAUAAGAAGGAAGACGAGAAAAAAAAAUCCAGCCUCGCAAAAUCCGAAUGUAAAGAAAAAAUCAAGUCAAUUCAUGAUUACUUCGUGGCGCAUCUUCGUGUCAACCAAACCUGGGCGUAUUAUCUCGGUGCCUGCGAAAUAUUGAACUUCAUUAACGUCAUCCUGCAGAUAUACAUAACGAAUUGGUUCCUCGGUGGUGCCUUUCUAAGUCUGGGUACGAGGGUCAUGGAGACGGACGAAUGGACCUCCAGGAUGUCACCACUGGACAUUGUCUUUCCCAAGGUUACCAAGUGCACUUUCCACAGAUAUGGGCCCUCUGGAAGCGUAGAGCAGCUCGAUGCACUCUGUGUUAUGGCUUUGAACAUCGUUAACGAGAAGAUUUACGUGUUCCUGUGGUUUUGGUACAUAAUUCUUGCUGUGCUCUCUGGAAUUGCCAUAUUCUGGAGGAUUGCGGCACUGUUGUUGUAUUCUAGGAGUGGUCGUUUCAAUUGCUUCGUAUUUUCAAUGGCUUGUCCUGGAAAGGUCACACCCUGGAAUACCCUCCGUAUGGCUCGUGGUUAUCAUUUCGGUGACUGGCUAUUUCUCUACUAUUUAGCUAAAAACCUGGACAACCACGCAUUCACAGAGCUGCUGAGGCAUUUUAAGAAUGAAAAAGAACCUCUUCCUAAUGCUUUUUCUAGUGAUCAUUCCAAUACUUAUAUCUUCAAUGAGAAAACGAAGCUUCGUCAGAGUCUAGGGGCCCCAGUACAAUUCUAAGUAUUCAUUAUCAUCAUUAAAUAGUUAUAAUGCUCUCAUUAUUUUGUUUUACACGUCUAUUGAUUAGAUGAGGAAGGAAUUAAUUUAGUAGAACCCAAAUAUAAUUUGGAUAUUCACACAUAUGGAAAAUGAAUCCAUUACGAAAAUGGAAACUAGCCAUUCUACUCGUUUUUUCAGGUCAGUAGACCUAAUAUUCAUUUUCUAUUCCAUUAUUAUGUUCUUUGAAGGGUUUUCCAAAUGCAAAUUUGUGUUUUUGUACUCGUAAUUUAAUAUGCAGGAAUGCAUAUAAUAUUUAAAACACACCCAUAGAAGACGGAAAACCCACCAGAACCAUCGCGGAAGUUUUUCAUUUUUUUAUAGAAUAUCAAAUAUGAUUUGUUUGUGAGAACAGCUUUAAUCUAUCAUUAUUCUGUACCGGCAAUAAUAAAAGUGAAAUUUUCCACAGAUCUAGUCCAAUAUUUUCUUUUAUAACAAAUCGGUUUAGCAAUUAUAUAAUCUUGUUUGUUCAAUUACUUUUCAUAAAACAUUCUUAUCUCGUAGCCCUGAAAGACUUAUCUAGGAUUUUUGACAUAGAACAAUUACUUUUAUUAAAAAUCGAAUUGUUCCAUUA